AUGCCGCCGCUGAGCAAGAUCGAGGUGCUCGCGAAGCGGGUGAUGGAGGGCGCGCAGUUGAAAACGCACAAGUACUUCCGAAUCGCCGUGCCGCAUGCGUUGACCGGACAACAGAUCAUCCAGCUCGUCGCUGAAAGGGGCGCUCCAGAAGACGAAACUGAAGCUGGCCAUCUGGCGUCGCUUCUCCUUCAUCACGGCUACUUGUUUCCUGUAAUAGAGCACGUUUGCAUUGUCAGAGACGACGGGACCCUUUAUCGCCUCCAAAGACCUUAUUUUUGGCCCUCCCAAGCCGAUAUUGUGCCAGAUGUUGAAUAUGCGAUUUACUUGAAUAAGAGACUCCUCCGAAACGAGCAGAAGCAUGGAUUAGAAGAAGACGAGGUCGAAUCGUUCAACCGUUUGGCAGAUGUUCUUGCCCAUAUGUGGACAUUCAUUGUGCAGCAAUCGGAGAUGCAGCUCAAGCAGCAAAAGGAGAAGAAGAAGGUCGAGAAAGUGGUGUUCGAUUCGGAGGAGCGCGCGUUUUGGAAAAGCCGAAAACCGAGUCGCGGCGCGGCUAAUUACCUCGAGGAUCCUUAUAUGAAACUGGAGAAGAAGCUGCGGAGGCAGAACGCGCAGGGCUACCGAUGCCUAAUGGAUCGGCUCAGAUUUGCGAUUAAGACGAAGCCGUGGCUCAAGGCGCUCAAAGCAUCCGACACAAUGGUCACUUGGGUAGAUCAGCGUGCCGAUUAUGAUCCUUUCCUCACCGCCCCGCAACCAUCGAAUCCUUGGCUCACCGACGAUACCUCAUUUUGGACAUUGAAUACUGACACUGUCGAGGUGCCCACUGAACGCCGUGUUCGCCGCUGGGGUCUCUCCGUUCAGGAGCUUGUCAAGGAUCCGAUCGGUCGUCAAGUUCUUGAGACAUUCCUCGAGUCCGAGUUCUCUUCGGAGAACAUUCGCUUCUGGAUAGCGAUUCAAGACUUGAAGUACUCGCUGAAUGAUCAGAUCUACGCGAAAGCGGAACGAAUCCGCGAAGAAUUUUUGGCGCAAGGCGCUCCGGCGCAGGUCAACGUCGAUUCGCGAACGCUCGACAAAACGCUUGAGUGCAUCGCGAAGGCGAAAGACGCGUCGCAAAUGCGAUUCGCGUUCUACCACUCGGAAGAGCACGUGUUCACAUUGAUGGCGAAGGACUCGUAUCCUCGGUUCGUCAGAUCCCAAAUAUAUACGGGUGUGCUCUCCGCUGCACAACAACAAGGUUCGAGGAGGUUAGGAUGGCGAAAUUUCGUAUUCAAUAUGGGCGCCACCAAGAAGCCGACAUCCACAAAACCAACAAAGGAUACUAUUGGUGCUGGACAACCUCUACCGAAACAAUUGUCAUCUGAUUCGCUCCCGGUUAGACAAGUUCACUCGGUUAAGUAA